CUCGAAGCCGGGCGCAGGAGCAGCCGCCUCGGCAGCCAGCGCGGAGUAGGGGGAGGCGCGCAUCCCGCCACCGCCGCGCGCUCGGCUGGCCGUCGGCUUCCCGCUCGCGGCCCGCCCCCUGUCUCGGCUCGUGCCGGUCUGCCUGCCUUGGAGACGGCUUCGGGCCUGAGGUCGGAGCCCGCGCAGUGCGCCAUGCCGAGGGAGAGAAAGGAGAGGGAUGCGAAGGAUCGGAGCACCAUGAAAGAAGAAGGUGGCACCGAUUUCUCUGUUCGUUCCAGGAAAAGGAAGGCAAAUGUGGCCGUUUUUUUGCAGGAUCCAGAUGAAGAACUUGCCAAGAUCCACAGGACUGUGGGAAGCCAGUGUGGCAUUCAGACUUGGGACAAUAAUAUGGCCUGUGAAAACCCCUGCUCCCUGAUUCCCACACCUGACAAAGAAGAGGAUGAACCGGUAUACCCAAAUUCUAUGCGUGAACCUAAGGGUUUUGCACCAUCUAGAGCCUCACCACUGCCAGUACUGAACUGGGCAAAUAGAGAGGAGGUUUGGAAAAUCAUGUUGAACAAGGAAAAGACAUACUUGAGAGAUAAGCACUUUAUGCAGCGGCACCCUCUUCUGCAGCCUAAAAUGCGAGCUAUUCUUCUGGAUUGGUUAAUGGAGGUGUGUGAAGUCUAUAAACUUCACAGGGAGACAUUUUACUUGGCACAAGAUUUCUUUGAUCGGUAUAUGGCAACACAACAAAAUGUUGUAAAAACACUUUUACAGCUUAUUGGGAUUUCAUCUUUAUUUAUUGCUGCCAAACUUGAGGAAAUCUAUCCUCCAAAGUUGCACCAGUUUGCUUAUGUUACAGAUGGGGCUUGUACAGGAGAUGAUAUUCUUAACAUGGAAUUAAUCAUUAUGAAGGCCCUUAAGUGGCACUUAAGUCCCCUGACAAUUGUGUCCUGGCUGAAUGUAUACAUGCAGGUUGCAUAUCUAAAUGACUUACAUGAAGUGCUACUGCCACAGUAUCCCCAGCAGAUCUUCAUACAGAUUGCAGAGCUUUUAGAUCUCUGCGUCCUGGAUGUUGGCUGCUUAGAAUUUUCUUAUGGUGUACUUGCUGCUUCUGCCUUGUAUCAUUUCUCUUCAUCUGAACUGAUGCAAAAGGUUUCAGGAUAUCAGUGGUGUGAUAUUGAGAAGUGUGUCAAGUGGAUGGUUCCAUUUGCCAUGGUUAUAAGAGAGACAGGAAGUUCAAAACUCAAGCAUUUCAGGGGAGUCCCUGCUGAAGAUGCACACAACAUACAGACCCAUAUAAACAGCUUGGAUUUGCUGGACAAAGCCCAAGCAAAGCAAGCCAUAUUGUCAGAACAAAAUCGGAUUUCUCCUCUGCCCACUGGGGUCCUCACUCCUCCCCAGAGCAGUAAAAAGCAGAGCAGCGAGCAGGGGACAGUGUGUGCACACCAGCAUUCUCCACCAAAGACACUUGUGCAAAAGGAAGGCCUGUUCCAAUCCUCUUCUGUCCGCUGUGGCGGAGGCAUGCAUUAGUUUUUACCAAUAUUUAAAUGGAAGAGCACGUCUCUUCUGCAACAGAAGUGUUUUUGUGGAUGGCAUUGGACAGGGAGAAGUGUUUUUUAUUGAAUGCUUAGAUUUUUUUUUAAAUAAAUGGGUCAAGUACACCAGCCACCUCCAGAACACCACUGAGUGCUCCAGAUGCUGCUAAGGAAGGUGAUACUUGACUUGAUUGACUAUUCACACAAAUAACAAAGGCUUGAAGUUGAGGAGUGCCACUGUUGCUGGUGUUCUGGGCUAUGGCCUAUUGAGUGCAACAGGUAGUUGUGAGCGUUGUGAUGCAGAGCCCACAACCAGCUGUGCUGGGGGCCUGCCCUUUCCAUACUCUGAAUUGACAACAGUCAACGCCUUUUAUGAACUAUUGUUUUGUAAGUGCUGCUAUGUCUAUCUGUUUUUUAAUAAAGAUAAUACUGUCUUUGAGA